AACAGCUGAACCUGCGGUAGGCGCGCGCGGAAUGCAGUAUCCGGUAGAAAGUAACGGUACUUUUAAGGAAACUGCUCACCGACACACAACCAGCAGCCAGUCGAGUUGAUGAACCGGGUGGUCGCAUCUCGGAUUGACCUGCGUUUCACUUCUUCUGGUUUAUAUCGAUCUAAAGGAUUUUAGUCAAAAACAGGAGCGACAGCACGCUAAAGAGGUAACAUCUAUACAGAGCCUGUUUGUCAACUUGUCAUUGUGGUACAGACAUGACUGAGGUGGCACAGAUUGCGGCUGUAGUCGCACACGACAUGGACGAUGCCACAAAUGAAAGUGAACUCAACAUAAGCGAUGCAGAAAACAAGGAAGAUCAUACGACACAUGAGGAAGAUGACGUGGUGGUUGAUGAACAAGACGACGACGCAGCCGAGGAGAAAAGUGAGACUUCACAUAUAGAAAACAAAGCGCCUUACCACAAGAAUGAGGAAGAAAGUAUUGAGACUGACAACAAGACACACAUGAACGGUGUGGAUCACAAAGAGAAGGACACAGCCGAUGAGAAAAAUAAAAGGUCAGAAGAUGUUAAUGGUGAAGAACAGGACACAGAGACGAAGGAGGAUGCAGAACCUGACACAAAUAAAGACCAGAUUAUUUCGGAUCUGGCACUAAAGAAAGAGAAACUCCUCCGAUCCAGAAAGCCGGUGGCUAGAAGCUACGUGCCAAACCUGAACAAAGACAAGGGGGAAGUGACGGGCAAGUUUGAGGCCAUGCAGAAGGCCAGGGAGGAGCGCAGCAGGCAGAGGAACAUGAACGAGCAGCAGAAAAGGAAGGAGCAAUACAUAAAGGAGAGAGAGUGGAGUCGCAGGAAGCAGCAGAUAAAAGAACUGCUCGCUUCCAGUGAUGAGGAAGAAGAGGUGAAGCCAGCAAAGGUAGAAAAAUCCUACGUCCCCAAAAUCACAGGUAGUGUGAAGGGGAAGUUUGCAGUAAUGGAAAAACAAAGAGCAGAGGAAGAAAGGAAGAGAAUGGAAGAAGAGAGGAAGAAGAGGGAAGCCCAGGACAACAUGGAAAAAGCCAAAAUAAAGAAAGAAUUGGCUCAGAAAGCAGCUGAGGAUGGAGAUGACACAAUCCUGGUACGAGUGGUUCCAGCGAAGUCAUCCCGACCUCCGGGCAGAAUCAAGCUGAACUUUGAAGACAUGGAAAAGAAUCGAGAGGAGGAAGUGAAGAAGAAGGCCGAGGAAGAGAAGAAGAGACGGUACGAUGAAAACAGACGCUCCUUCAGGGAUGCCAAGCGACGCUCGGUUGUUCAACAGGAGGAUGAGGAGGAGAAGCCUUCAGAGAAGGCGCAGGUGACUCCUGGAAAGCUGAAGAUGACAUUCGAGGAGCUGGAGAAGGAGAGGCAGGAGCACAGGAGGAAGCAGGCUGAGGAGGAAGCCAAGCGCCGCCUGAUAGACGAGAAGAAAGCUUUUGAGGAGGCCAGGCUGGGAAUGGGAGAAGAUGUGGAGGACACUCAGCCAGCUCAGGAAGACAAGGACGAGUUCCGACCUGGAAAACUGAGGCUGAGCUUUGAAGAGCUGGAACGGCAGAGGGUAGAAGAAGAGCGCAAGAAAGCAGAGGAAGAGUACAAGAGACGAAUGGUGGAGGAGAGAAGAGCUUUCGCUGAAGCCAGGAAGAGCAUGCUUGUAGAUGAGGAUGACGAGGGGCUGAUGGCCUUACUGAACCUGGAGGGUAGUAAGCCCGGGAAGAUAUGCGCCAGUUUUGAGGAUCUGGAACGCCAGAGAAGAGAGGACGAACAGAAGAGGGCAGAGGAGGAGGCCAAGAAGAGACUGGAAGAGGAGAAGAGGCUCUUUGCCGAGGCCCGAAAGAACAUGAGCUCUGGCCUGGAUCAGGAAAAGUCUGCAUAUGGAGAUGAAACAGUACAAGAUGAGGAAGAAGGGAUGGUGAAGAGUGAAUCUCAGGAAGCACUGCACCCUAGAAAACUGGAGAUGAACUUUGAAGAGCUACUGAAGGAGAAGGAGGAAGCUGAGAGGAGACGCAAGGCAGAGGAGCGCAAAAAGAAAAUGGAGCAGGAGAAGCAGGAAUUUGAACAACUCAGACAAGAGAUGGGCGAGGAUGUAGUAAAUGAAAGCUCAGAUGUUGUAAGCAAAGAGUAUGAAGAACUGACCAAGCUCAAGAGGACUGGCUCCAUCCAGGCUAAGGACCUCAAGUCUAAAUUUGAGAAGAUCAAACAGCUGACUGAAGAGGACAUUCAGAAAAAGAUUGAGAUGGAGAGAGCACGGAGGAAGGCCGUUGAUGAUGAAAUUAAAGAGAGAGAAGCUGAGAGGUUCCAGGAGGAGGAUGAGGAAAGACAAACAACUCCGGCGAGGGCCGAAGAGUCACCAUUCAAACAGAAGGUGGAUAUGAAAGCCAGAUUUCAACAAAUGGCCAAAGCCAGAGAGGACGAGGAGAGGAGGAGGAUAGAGGAGCAGAAGCUGCAGAGGAUGCAGUUUGAGCAGCAGGAGAUUGAUGCUGCCCUCCAAAAAAAGAAGGAGGAUGAUGUGGAGGACGAGGGUAGCAUCAUCAACGGCUCUGCGGCCUAUGAAGAUGAGGAGGAUCAUGCCAGAUCGGGGGCUCCGUGGUUUAAAAAGCCCCUUAAAAAUCAAUCGGUGGUGGACUCGGAGCCAGUUCGGUUCACCGUUAAGAUCACCGGAGAGCCCAAGCCAGAGGUGACCUGGUGGUUUGAGGGAGAGAUGCUCCAGGACUGUGAGGACUAUCAGUAUAUAGAGAGAGGAGAGACAUACUGCCUCUACCUGCCGGAGACCUUCCCAGAAGACGAGGGAGAGUACAUGUGCAAGGCUGUGAACAGCAGAGGCACAGCAGCAAGUACCUGCAUCCUCACAAUAGAAACUUAUGACUACUGAUGCCCUUCCAUGUUCUGGAAACUUUCCCAGUUGUCUCUCACUCCUUUUUAAAACUUUGUCCCUCAUGGUAUGGUCAAACAGCAGAGGGAAGAAAAUAGCAGUAUGCUUGGCAUUCCUAAGGGAGGGUUACACAACACAAAAAAAUGCGACAUGUUGUUUACGUUUGUAAAGCUGCACUCCCUGUAGAGUAGGAUGAUACUUGUGCCAAAAACAGACGAUUCUUGUUCCCAUGCCAAGGGUUGUCUUUGCUGCGAGGCCCUUAUGAUAUUUGUGAGACUAGCAAUUUUUAAGUAUCAUAGUACUGUAUUGUAAAUAUCACGCUUUAUAGUCCAAACAUGGCAAACAUUAUGUUUGAGACAAUGAAAUGUAAAAAGUAAGAUGUGUACUAAUUUUAAAGAACAAGGUAAAGGAAUAUCAGUAAAACAUCUUGCUUCGGUAUUCUACUACUGCUCAAUAACUUUACAAUAUUAAUCAAUUUUCUGUACUCUUUGCCAUAUUACAGUAGUAAAUGGUAUUGUGAUACUUGUCUGGUGUUAUAUAGAGGGGUAACAUCGCUUAAUCAUCACUUAAUUAAAAUUCCACAGUGAAGGGUCUGUUGACAAUGAUAUUGCAAGAACAAAUCAGUUGAACUCACCUGUACAUCCUGAUAUUUAAUUAAACUCUUUCGGUCCAUAUUAAAUGUAAUGUAAUGUUAAACUGCAGCAUCUAAAAAAGAUGAAUAUGUUGAUUUUUCAUGUAUCAACCCCCAUUUUUUGUUUUGAGUUAAAUGUAAUACUCUUAAUACAGUUGUCAUUAUUCAGUUGUGCUGGACAGUAGGUGACCGUUUUAUGAUUUGAUAAUAAAGUAAACAUAGGCCAGCCUGAAUAUUUGUCAUAUUAUAAAUGAAAAUGUUUUAAUAAAAUUAACAAAAAUAGGGUAA